AAUUGAUCUUGCUUCUCUACUUGUCUAUAUUACAUAUUGCAACUUCUUCACCUUCUCUGUAACAUCCCUUGAGAGAUUAGAAACAUGUCAGAAGACUCUCAGAUUUGCUCAGCUUCUGACUCUAAUAAUAAUAAUAAUAGUUCAAAUCCUUUUCCUGGAAACCUGGUGACAGUUCUGAGCAUAGACGGCGGUGGCGUCAGAGGACUCAUUCCAGCUACCAUCCUCGCUUUCCUCGAAUCCAAACUGCAAGAAUUGGAUGGAGCAGACGCGAGAAUAGCAGAUUACUUCGACGUGAUCGCCGGAACCAGUACCGGCGGCCUUAUCACGGCCAUGCUCGCGGCGCCCAGUAAGGACGGCGGCGAUCGACGGCCUCUCUUUUCCGCCAAAGAAAUCGUCGACUUCUAUCUUGACAAUUGCUCCAAAAUUUUCCCACGGAGAAGGAACGCCUGUAUUUUGAAUCCGGUGCUGAAUCUGAUCGCCGCCUUCGCCGGACCCAAAUACGACGGCGAGUAUCUGCGCUCCAAGAUCCGAGAACUGUUCGGCGACACCAAGCUCAGCGAAACUCUGACCAACGUGGUGAUCCCCGCCUUCGACAUCAAGUUUCUCCAGCCCACUAUCUUCUCGUCCUUCGAGAUGAAGUCGGAGCCGCUGAAGGACGCGAUGCUGUCGGACAUCUGCAUCGGGACGUCGGCGACGCCGACGUACUUCCCGGCGCACUACUUCGCGACGGAAGACGAGUCAGGGGGGCGGCGGGAGUUCAACUUGGUGGACGGGGGCGUGGCGGCGAACAACCCGACGCUGGCGGCGAUGAGCCAAUUGACGAAGGCGAUCUCGUCGAGGAAGGCGGACUUCUUCCCGAUCAAGCCGACGGACUACGGCAAGUUUCUGGUGAUCUCGCUUGGCGCGGGAUCGAACAAGCAGGAGAAGAGGUACAGCGUGAAGGAGUCCGGCAGGUGGGGCGUGCUCGCGUGGCUCUACGACAAGGGCACCAUGGCCGCGCCCAUCGUCGACGUGUACCACGAAGCCAGCGCCGACAUGGUCGACGUCCACGCCGCCGUCGUCUUCCAAGCGCUGCAUUCCCAGGACAACUACCUGCGCAUCCAGGAUGAUACUCUGAAGGGAAAUGUUGCGUCCCUGGACGCAUCGUCAAAGGAGAACUUGGGGAACUUGAUGGAGAUCGGAAACAAUUUGCUAAAGAAGAGAGUGUCGAGAGUCAACUUGGAGAAUGGCAUGUACGAGCCUUGCGCGGGAGAGGAAACCAACGAGGAGGUGCUUGCUAACUUCGCGCAAAGGCUUUCCGACGAAAGAAGACUAAGAAACUCAAAGUAACACUAUGGAAAGAAAGACAACAUGGUUCUUUGUGGUAUUGAUACAUCGUCUAGUAACAUAAAGCCAUCACUCUGAGUUAGUAGUAUAAAUUAGUAUAAUUGUGAUUUAUCAACUAACAUGAAAUACUACAAUUAUACAAUAAUGUUGAUACAGAUUUAUUACAUAAACA